AUGGCCAAUAGACGAAUUCUUGUUAUCGCGGGGAGCGAUUCGAGCGGUGGUGCUGGCCUCGAGGCAGACCAGAAAGUCAUCGCAGCUCAUGGCUGCUAUGCUAUGACUGCUACGACAGCGUUGACGGCUCAGAAUACUACUGGUGUCAAUGACAUACACCACAUACCCCCUGAGUUCGUAAGGAAGCAGAUCGAUGCCGUCUUUACGGAUAUUAAACCCGGGGUCGUAAAGACUGGGAUGCUAGCAUCUGCACGUACUAUUGAUAUGGUAGCACGGGCGUUGAAGGAUUACGAUGUUGAGACGUUGGUAUUGGAUCCUGUUAUGGUCGCCACCACUGGUGCCAAGCUCCUACCCCUAGAAGCCGUGAAUGAGUUAAGAACUCUGCUGCUCCCACAGACGUUCAUCCUUACUCCAAAUAUUCCCGAGGCACAACUCCUACUCUCCGAGAGCGGAAAGGGAACCGUCGAUAUCCAACAUAUAGACGACUUGGAGGUAAUCGCCCGAAAAGUACAGGAAUUAGGACCAAACUGGGUUCUUGUCAAAGGCGGCCAUGUGCCUUUUAAGAAAGACGGUUCGAUAGCUACGACCCCUGAGGAAAGGGAGUUAGUCGUAGACCUUUUAUUUGGAGAGGGACAAGCCACGAAAAUCGAGAGUCCAUAUAUAGACUCGACCAACACACAUGGAACGGGAUGCUCACUCGCCUCUGCUAUCGCCUCCAACCUUUCCAAAGGACUGAAACCUGUACAAGCUGUUAAGGCCGCCUGUCGGUAUGUCGAAGCAGGAAUCAAGACCGCACCCGGAUACGGAAAGGGGAAUGGACCACUUAAUCAUUUCCAUUCAGUUCUGACUCUUCCAUUCUCUCGGGGACACUUCCUAGAAUACCUUUUGGAGCGACCUGACGUAUCGCCAGUGUGGCAUCAAUUUAUUAACCAUCCAUUCGUCCUCGGACUCGGGGAUGGACAAUUGCCUCUCGAGUCGUUCAAAGGCUAUCUGAUACAAGACUACCUAUACCUAGUUCACUUCGCGAGGGCAAAUGCUUUGGCUUCAUACAAGUCCAAGAAUAUGGAGGAUAUCGCAGCGGGCGCUAAAAUCGUGUCGCAUAUCCACACUGAGAUGAAACUUCAUCUUGACUAUUGUAAAGAAUUCGGCAUAUCCAAAGAGGAGAUAGAGGCGACAGAGGAGCACCAAGCAUGUACCGCAUACACGAGAUACGUCCUUGAUAUCGGGCAGUCGGAAGAUUGGAUUGGCCUUCAAGUUGCACUCGCCCCUUGCCUCCUUGGUUAUGGAGCCAUUGCAAAACAGCUUCACGGCGACCCAAGAACAAAGACGGAGGGCAAUACGUACUGGAAAUGGAUUGUGAAUUAUGUCGAAGAGGACUACGUGAAGGCAGUAGAGACCGGGUGUGCUCUCAUGGAAAAGAACGCAAUGUUACAGUCUCCAUCAAGGAUAGAAGAGCUGGCCAAGAUCUUCAUCCAUGCUACGAGGGUAAGACACUUGAGAUGGAAGGUUAUCAAUGGCUAUGGCGGUAACAGUGGUGGUUACGGAGGUGGUGGCGGCGGCGGCGGCUAUGGUGGAAGCGGAGGCGGUGACAGAAUGUCUAACCUCGGAGCUGGUCUACACAAGCAAACCUGGGAUCUCAGCGCUCUUCCCAAAUUCGAGAAGUCCUUCUACAAGGAGGACGAAGCUGUCGCACGACGACCGGCCAGUGAAGUUGAGCGAUUCCGAAAAGAUCAUCAAAUAGCUGUCACUGGCCACGAUGUUCCCAAACCUGUCGAGACAUUCGAUGAGGCUGGAUUCCCUCGAUAUGUGAUGGACGAAGUCAAGGCACAAGGCUUCCCCGCUCCUACUGCCAUCCAAUCUCAAGGAUGGCCCAUGGCUCUUUCUGGUCGCGACGUCGUCGGUAUUGCCGAGACGGGUUCCGGUAAGACGCUUACGUACUGUCUUCCGGCAAUUGUCCACAUCAAUGCCCAGCCUCUCUUGGCUCCCGGCGAUGGCCCUAUCGUGCUUGUUCUUGCACCUACUCGAGAACUAGCAGUACAGAUCCAGCAGGAGAUUACUAAAUUCGGCAAGUCUUCGCGCAUUCGCAACACCUGUGUCUAUGGAGGUGUUCCUCGUGGUCCUCAGAUCCGCGACCUUACCAAGGGCGUCGAGGUUUGCAUUGCCACUCCCGGUCGUCUGAUUGACAUGCUCGAGGGUGGUAAGACCAACUUACGCCGAGUGACUUACCUAGUCCUCGACGAGGCUGAUCGUAUGCUGGACAUGGGUUUCGAGCCCCAGAUUCGCAAAAUUAUCAGUCAAAUUCGACCUGACCGUCAGACUCUCAUGUGGUCUGCUACAUGGCCCAAGGAAGUUCGUGCUUUAGCUGCCGAAUUCCAAACCGACUUCAUUCAGGUCAACAUUGGUUCCCUGGACUUGUCUGCUAACCAUCGUAUUACGCAAAUCGUCGAGGUUGUGUCCGAGGGUGAGAAGCGUGAUCGUAUGAUCAAGCACCUUGAGAAGAUCAUGGACAACAAGGAGAACAAGUGUCUUCUAUUCGUAGGUACGAAGCGAGUCGCUGACGAGAUUACGCGAUUCCUCCGCCAAGAUGGCUGGCCGGCCCUUUCUAUUCACGGCGACAAACAGCAGAACGAACGUGACUGGGUCCUUGACCAGUUCAAGACCGGAAAGAGUCCUAUUAUGGUAGCCACCGACGUUGCUUCUCGUGGUAUUGAUGUUCGUAACAUCACUCAUGUGAUCAACUAUGACUACCCGAACAACUCGGAGGAUUACAUCCACCGUAUUGGCCGAACUGGCCGUGCUGGCGCCAAAGGCACUGCCAUUACUCUCUUUACUGCUGACAAUUCUAAGCAGGCUCGUGAUCUAGUCUCAGUUCUUCAAGAAGCUAAGCAGCAAAUUGAUCCUAGACUUCAUGAGAUGGCCCGCUAUAGCGGCGGCGGUGGCGGGGGCCGCUACGGCGGACGAGGCUACGGUCGUGGUGGUGGUCACCGAGGCGGUGCUGGUGGAGGCGGUGCUAACUCUUUGCCCAUCAACAACCGACGAUGGUGA